AUGCCGGCAUGCCAGCGCUGCUACUCUCGUAAAACAAGAUGCGACCGGCGCACUCCCAAUUGUACCUCAUGUGUCAAAACUGGCUCCUCCUGCCGAUACCCCGAUAAACGCCGAGACCGACAACGGCAGCAGGAAUACCUCAAGUCUGUUGAGUUACGCCUUCAAGAACUUGAACGAGAGAAAGAGAGACCGACUCAGCACUCACCUUCCGAUCAUGAUUUGCAGGAUGAUACCAAUUCGAUCCGUACUGGUGAAGGCCUGCACAAAUCACCAAACCAGAACUCUGGCCUUGGAGCUUGGCAGUCUCCAACGAUAUCGAUGAAUUCAACACAGCAUACUCCAUCCGAAGAAACCCGAUAUCUAGGGUCUAGUAAUGGGGUUGGCUUCGUGGAUGUUGUUGAACGAGUCGUCGAGACCUCUUCGACGGGCGGGCUAUUUGAUCGACUCGCCAAUAGCCGUUCUACAUCCGAAAAGAAAGCAUUACCAGUUGUCAACGACCCCGCAAGACUCGUCGACAGGAAAUUGGCUAUUCCAUUGAUUGAAUCCUAUUUCGAACACUGGCAUGUGACAUUUCCACUAUUGUAUCGACCAGGAUUUAUGAUCAUGAUGGAGGAGAUUUACAACAAUCCCAAUAUUUACCAUCAAAGUCCCACAAAAGCAUUUGCAUUUGACAUGGUGUUGGCGUUGGGAUCGGUCUCUUCCAAAAAGGCAUGGCCUUUUACUGACACGGAGGCUCAUUUUGCUAGAGCUUUGGCUCGGCUGGAUGAACUUUCCAAAUUUCGGGAUAUUCGAUUUUUGCAGGCCCUUCUUCUCUAUUGCAAAUAUGGAAUUCAUGCUAGUCUUCGUGAUACUUCUACAGAGAUGUGGGAGAUACUGGGCAAGGCAACGCGAUUAUGUGUGGAGCUUGGGCUGCAUGACGAUGUCUCAGUGGUUUCCAAGAGGAUUGUGACCGUUUCCCUGGGCAGGCCACUCGCACUCUACGAUGAUGAUAUCCAUGUGCCAUUGCCAUUGGUGAUAGAGGAUACAUCACUGGACAAAUCUGAGAUUUCGGUGCACUUACCACGGGAGACAUCUCCAUUUCUACAUCAUAUUCGAUUACGCACAAUUCAAGCUAAAAUACACCAGUCCAUGUACACGAGUCGAUCCACACAAUCACUUCCCCUGCGUGAAAGACAGCUUAUCCGGAGAGAUCUCUACAACCAACUCCAAUCUUGGAAUGAUGAUCUACAGCUCCUUGCCUUACCAACGGUGGAUAGUGCUUCACGUGCACCCUCUGUAUUCUUCCAUGUUAAUUGGUAUCACGCCCUAUAUCACAGCGGCUGCUUGAUGCUAUUCCGACCAUCAGCCACAUUCCCCGCAAUGGAAGGUCUGAACGAUGACGAAGACAUUGACGAUGUUCUACUAAUUCUCUGGAACUCAUCCCGCCAGGUCCUGGCGAACUACCUUGAGCUUUUGCGUACUCGUCACUUGAAUUACUCAUGGUCCUGUCUGUACAUGAUCUUCAUGGCUGGGCUGGCAAAUGUGUACUGCGUAGGCUGCUGUGCUCAGCGGAAAAGACGAGGCGUCGCGGCUUUUGUGCCGUCAUAUUGGGAUGCCAUAUCUGAUUCGCGUGAUUGCUCGAAUCUUUUGACUGCCUUUUGUGAGAGGUGGAAUGAUGCUCGUUCGUCGUGUGAUAUUUUUAAUAGACUCAGUAUGAGUGCUUUGAAGGGGUUAGCUGCUGUGAGCUUUUCGCAGAGCAAUGAGAAUUUGAAUAACAUGAGAGUCGUUUUGGAAGAAGAUCAUAUCUUCUCUCAGGAACCGUUUGGGACUGUGACGACUAGAGGCGGAUCGACUUGUGCGACUGCCUCUUCUAAUCAUGUGAACCAAGAAACAAGCACACGUGAAUUUAUAGACACAAACGGAUGCCUCGGAAAAUAUCCACUCGGCUCUCCCGGUGACCUUGAUCCGAUUGUCGAUUUCCAGCAAGUCUUCCAGGACAUGCAGAAUUCGAUACACAGGAGUGAUUUUACGGAAACAAACGAAGUCAUGAGAGGGUUCUCACAGGAUUGGUUUUGA